AUGAUCGGUACACGGUAUGCGGUCGGGGACCCUAUCAUCCGUUUGCCAAAUAUAAAACCGUCAGAAAACGCUACUGUUUUCGCGGAAGAGAAACUAAGGGCGAGAGUCAGAACUCGCCUCAGAGAGAGAAUUCGACCAGGAAGGGGAGGAGUAAUCACCUGCGACGCACUUCAGACGACUUCAAGGCGUUUGGCUGACAGGAAGGUGGAGAGGUUCGAGAAGAACAUAACGAAGAGAGGGGCGGUGCCUGAGACGACCGCCAAGAAGAGCAAGGAUUAUCCAGUGGGCCCUAUUCUCCUUGGCUUCUUCGUCUUUGUUGUCAUCGGAUCAUCUCUCUUUCAGAUAAUCAGGACUGCUACAAGCGGAGGCAUGGCCUAAUCAAAUCGACGCUGCUGCUGCUGAUGCUUUCUAAUUUAUGAGAGAUGGCAUGAACCUGUCAUGCCAUUUACCGUUUGUUAGCGAUUAGGAAACUGAUGAUAUACAGAUGUGAUGUAGUAAGAACUAAAACAGCGGAAGUUUGAAUAAAGGACCCCUUCCUCUGCUUCGCUUAA